AUGAUAGCAAUGGGGAUGGUGAUAAAGGUGGUGGCUUCACAUGAUUAUGGGGAUGCAUUGUCGAAGAGCAUAUUGUUCUUUGAAGGCCAGAGAUCAGGGAAGUUGCCCCCUCUCCACAGGAUGACUUGGAGGAAGGAUUCUGCUCUUCGUGAUGGUUUUGGGAUUGGUGUUGAUUUGGUCGGUGGUUACUACGAUGCCGGCGACAACGUUAAGUUCAACUUCCCAAUGGCAUUCUCAACAACCAUGCUUGCCUGGAGCGUUUUAGAGUUUGGAAAAUUCAUGGGUUCGGACCUUUCUCAUGCUCUGGACGCCAUUCGAUGGGCCACCGACUACUUUCUCAAGGCCACAAGCAUCCCUGGCCUUGUCUUUGCUCAGGUCGGUGAACCAUACGGCGACCACCAAUGUUGGGAGAGGCCUGAAGACAUGGACACCCCCAGAACCCCCUAUGCACUCAGCAAACAGUUCCCAGGCUCAGAGGUUUCGGCUGAGAUUGCUGCGGCUCUUGCAGCCUCUUCCAUGGCGUUUAGGCCCAUUGAUCUUGAAUACUCAGCAAGGCUUCUUAAAAGGGCAAGAAUGGUCUUCGACUUUGCCGAUACGUAUCGGGGAUCUUAUAAUGACAGUCUUGGCCCGUGGGUGUGCCCAUUCUAUUGUGAUUACAGUGGCUACCAGGAUGAAUUGAUUUGGGGAGGUGCAUGGUUAUUUAAGGCAACAAAGGAGGCUAAAUAUGGGAAUUAUGUAGUAGAGAAUAUGCACAUGAUACUGGGGAACUCUGUUGGCUAUGCCGAAUUCGGCUGGGACACAAAGCACGCCGGUAUUAACAUACUUGUUUCCAAGUUGGUGAUGAAUGGAAACCCCAACUCUGAGCCCUUUAUUUCUAAUGCGGACAAGUUUGUGUGUAGUGUAUUACCUGAAUCACCAACCAUUUCAGUCUCAUAUUCUCCAGGUGGGGUUUUAUUUAAAUCGGGAGGAAGUAACUUCCAACAUGCAACAGCGUUGUCAUUUCUUCUUAUUGUCUAUGCUCGCUAUUUGAGUCAAGGAAAAAGAGUGAUUCAUUGUGGUGAAGUUGUCGCCACCCCAUUUAGGCUCAUCCAAGCCGCAAGAAGCCAGGUGGAUUAUAUUCUUGGAAGCAACCCACUGAACAUGUCAUACAUGGUGGGAUAUGGCAAGAAGUUUCCCCAGAGGAUACACCAUCGUGGGUCGUCAUUGCCUUCCAUUGAUGAACAUCCAGGGAGAAUUGAUUGCGAAGGUGGAAGCACAUACUUUAGCAGCAACAAUCCCAAUCCAAACUUGCUUCUAGGGGCUGUUGUUGGAGGACCUGACAUCAGGGACUCCUUCUCUGAUUCUCGUGCUGAUUUUGUACAAUCGGAGCCAACUACCUACAUAAAUGCUCCUAUUGUGGGACUCUUGGCUUACUUCAAAUUACAUUCAAACUCGUAG